GUUGUUUGUACUAUGUUUUAAAAAAUAAUUAAACAAUGAAAAUGGCAAGCAACAAGUACAAUGUACUGAUGUAUAGCUAUAUAUGUUGGUUUGAAUUGUGAGUGUGUCAUAACUAUCACUUGCUUCGUUUGCUAUAUAAACCCCGGCAACACUUGAUUCUUCUUCCAAGGACAAAGUUGCCAUCACCACAUCAAUUCACUGCUCCUCCAAUCCUGCUCUCAACAGUCAAGAUGGCCAUGAUGAUGAUGAGACACUCGUCUCAAAGCUCUCCAUGCCAUCACGCCAUCAGCCGCCGGAGCGCCGCCGUCGAGUUGCACCGCUGCUCCCGGCGGCGACGUCCAUCACCACUGACCACGACGGUGGCGCUAACCAGGAGGAGAUCACCGGCGGCGGUGCGGUGCUUCUCCCUCCACAGCGACAGCGGCGGCGGCGGCAGCGCCGGGGCUGGGCUGGUGGACGAGGGGAUGCCCGUGCUACGUCAGAGGAUCUCGGAGAUAAAGGCGGCGGCGGCGGCGACCGAGGAGGAGGAAGAGUACUCCAGCCGGGAGGCGCCGCCGGAGUGGGAGGAGGAGGAGGAGGAGUACUCCGUUUGGGAGACGGCGGCCGGCGGCGGUGGUGGCGGCGAUGGACAGCUGUUCCAUGUGCUUGGGGACUUCUUGAUGAGAUCCCGGCCGGGCGUCGCCGUGGGGAUCGCCGUGUUCUUGAUGGUCAGCUUGCCAACCUCGGUGUUCUUCGCAGGUUGCACUCGUUUAGUCGUCGAGUGUCAACGCCUUCUUUUCAACCUAACCAAGUGCUAAGGAGGUUAAUUAAUUAGUUAUAUAUCCCUUUGGUAUCAUUAUGUUUUGGUAAGAUUGUGUACUAUGUAGAAAAGUAGGAGUUAUAUACAACUUCACAUCGUGUUUACAUUUUGUUCCUUUUUUAUUUUUUUCAAACUGAAAUUAUGCAAGUACUGUACUAUGCAAAAGAGACAUAAAUGCACAUCACUAUACACACCAUGCACA